CUCGCCGAGACUAUACUUUCUCUGAAUAAAACGAUUCGCCGUGGUGGGGCCAAUCCGCACUGAGAAUAUACCGGCCUCAACCAAUCGUCGACGAGAAAACUUCCGAUUUGUCCUGUCGUCUGUCUUCACACCGUCGGUUUUUCGUGUCACCAGAGAGAAACACCAGAAAACCAGAACAAGAUAUAUAUAGUUAUAGUUUCCAUUCAAGUUCAAUAACUAACAAUGUGCCAAGCAUGUGAGGUGCUAUUAUAGUGAUGGAUUUAAUUAAAAAACCAAUCAUUGAGGAAAUACGAUCUCUAAUUAACAACAUCGUCUUUCAAUAUGCGACGAGUCAGGAAGAUUAUCGAAGGGUUUAUGUUUGGGGUUUGGCGGAACACGGAGCAUUGGGAACUUUAGGAAAAACAAGAAUAGUGGACGACGUAGCUUACAUAGGAAAGCCUAGCCGAUUGUAUUUUGGAGAGAAGCACAAAGUGGUUGAUGAUAUAGGUUGUGGCUAUGGAUUUUUUAUGUUCGGAGUCAAUUCUGACGACAGAAAAAUUGUUUAUGGCAAUGGAAUCAACACAGAUUCGCAAAUUGGUAAAUGAAAAUUCUAUAAAUUCUCUAUUUUCACAAUUGAGAACUUCCCUUGAUACAUGAGUUGAAUCUGUUUGAUAAAUAAUGUCCAAGAUUCGAUGACUCGGACGAACAGUACACAGCCGGAAUAAUUCCUGUCCCAAGACCCAUUCAUUUGCCAUUGAAGAGUCUUUC